AUGGUGGCUCCCCAACUCCUACGUACAGGGUCAGGAGGAGGCCACGAGCCAACGCCAACGCCAACGCCAACACCAUCUUACGGCACAACACCAAGCACCCCAAGUACACCUACUUAUGGGGUCCCUGAAAUUCCGAAGCAUGGAUUUGUUGGAUCCUGCGACUACUGGAAAAGCCACCUGGACAUGAUCAUUGCAGUCAUUGGAUCCCUUGGCAACAUUGGCAAGACAUUUGGUGCUGCCUACAGCUUGAUCAUUGGCAAGAAGCUUGAGAAUCUCCAUGAUGAACUCUGA